UCAUGAUAAUGUCCCAGCUUUACCAUUCAAAUUUUUAUUAUAUAGUACUCACCAUACAAUUCAUCAUGAACCUGGUCCAGGUGGGAUGAAAAAUAUUGGUAAAUUCACAUCAGUUUGGGAUAGAAUUAUGGGAACUUAUGAAGAACCAGAUAGAAUCAACUUUGGAUGGAAUAACUAAUAAAAUCAAUUAGAUAAACUCAAAAAAGUCAAUGAUUUGUAUGAGUCUAUCCUCCCGAGUGAUGUUAAGAAGAUUAAGAAAAAUAAAUGA